ACGCGCGCUCGAUCUCGUGCCACUCUGACACUUUAUAUUUUGUGUUGUCACAGGUGUUCAACGUUACUCUGUGCAAAAUUUUCGACAAAAUAAUUAAGUUAGUCAACAAAAUUAAGUUAAGUAGCAUUGCUGAAGAAUACCGACGAGAUUUGGGUUCAACAUUAACUAAAACGUCGAUGACUAAACGCGGUUAUAUCGACUAUCACACAACGUUGUAUUUAUGCAAUAAAUUGCAAACAAACUAAAACGAAAAAGAAAACCAUCUCAAAGUCAACAACAGUUUACACCAGCCAAAACACAAGUGGUUUAUUGUACGUUAUCGGAAUGAAUUGAGAGAUGCUUCAACCACGAUGAUGACGAUGAUGGAGCUGUUGCGAUAAUGCCGGUUAAAGGGAGGGAUAAUACACAACAACAAUAAUACGAGAAUCACUAAAAUUAUCAUACGACCGACGCUGUCUUUUGUAUAUACUAUUUUCAUGCGACAAUAUACACCGAAUCGUUGAAUCGAUUGCAAGCCGUAUAAAUGUUAAUAAAAAUAGAAAGGACAGGAACUUCAAUAACUUGUAUGUACGAAGAAACCAGUACCGCAUUAUAUUUACAUUGUUAUUGUUGCUGGCAUUUAUUGUUGUCGUCGUUGUUGUAGCUGCCGGUUGUUUUAAUAGGUAUACUUACUCAAGUGGACUGUGUACAAUAUUUCGGUGAUAAACGAAAAGCAUAAGAGAGCCAAAAAAAGAAACAAAAUGCUGAUUGUGGCCGGGUUCUGUGUGUAAUCAAACGAUAGAUUAACCAUGUGAAAGUGUUUAGUGGUGUGUAAGAAACCGAAAAAAAAAAUUAUGAAAAGAAAUUUGAACAAUUGGCUGUUCAAUGUUAAUAUCUAGUGAAAAUUUAAAUAUUCAUAAAAUUAAGGCGACAUGCAAUGACAAAUGUGAUAAUUAGAAGACUAAAUACCUCGACAAAAAUAAUUAGUUUUUAACCGGCUUCGUGGUGUGUCGUUUUGAGUAAAACGAAACCAAACGGAAGGCCAUAAAGUCUCUCGUUAAACGUCUUGUGUUUUUGCAAAAAUAAUCGGAAUCGAUUGCAAAUUUUUAACUCAUCAAUGCAGACAUGACCAAUGUUAGCAUUUCGAGAAUGUUUCGUGGUAAAAUGCGUACGAAUACCUGUCGAAUCAUCUUACUCACCUCGCUGGUAUGGCUGGUGGUCGACGUUGUGCUGUUGAUGAGAUAUGCGGAUUUUUUCAACAACGUGGAUAAACGAUCCGGCGAAUAUGAUGUUGAGGUACCAAAACAUCAAAAACUAGUCCAAGAAGAGGAUGAAGAUCCAAUCGUAGACAAUAACGAAAUAGAUACAAAUAAUAAUUUAGAUAGUGAAUGGGCGUUGACGAUUCCCCGUACAUAUCGCAGUACUGAUUUGAGAAAAUGGCGGCCAGCACCGAUUGUUCCAAAUAAUUACGGACAACCUGGUGAAUUGGGCAAGCCAGUCAAAAUACCUUCAGAGCAACAUGCUCUUAUGAAAGAGAAAUUUAAGGAGAAUCAAUUUAAUUUAUUAGCUAGUGAUAUGAUAUCGUUAAACAGAUCAUUAAUUGACGUUCGGAAUCCCGAUUGUAAAUUGAAACAUUAUGCUUCCAAGCUGCCGACCACAUCCAUUGUGAUCGUAUUCCAUAACGAAGCGUGGACCACUCUAUUACGUACAGUAUGGAGUGUAAUAAAUCGGUCACCACGGCCGUUGCUGAAAGAAAUCAUUUUGGUUGACGAUGCCAGCGAAAAGGAAUACCUGGGCAGAAAGCUGGAAAAUUAUGUGAAACUGUUGCCAGUUCCUACAUUUGUUCUGCGUACCGUCAAUCGAUCCGGAUUGAUCAGAGCAAGAUUAUUGGGAGCAAAACAUGUCACGGGACAAGUGAUCACAUUUUUGGAUGCCCAUUGUGAGUGUACGGAAGGUUGGCUGGAACCGUUACUGCAACGCAUUGCACUCGAUCGUACCACGGUGGUGUGUCCGAUCAUAGACGUUAUAUCCGACGAUACAUUCGAAUAUGUGACUGCAUCCGAUCAAACAUGGGGCGGUUUCAAUUGGAAAUUGAACUUUAGAUGGUACCGAGUACCAUCUCGAGAAAUGGAACGACGGCACCAAGAUAAAACGGCACCACUUCGAUCGCCGACAAUGGCUGGUGGACUGUUUUCGAUUGACAAAGAUUUCUUCUACGAAAUCGGAUCGUAUGAUGAAGGCAUGGACAUUUGGGGUGGCGAAAAUUUGGAAAUGUCGUUCAGGGUUUGGAUGUGCGGUGGUAUCUUAGAAAUAUUGCCCUGCUCUAGGGUUGGUCAUGUGUUUCGUAAGGCUACUCCGUAUUCAUUUCCUGGUGGUACAUCGCAAAUUGUUAACCAUAAUAAUGCUCGUUUGGUUGAUGUGUGGCUAGACGAGUGGAGCGAAUUUUACUACAGUUUUAACCCAGGUGCACGAAAGGCAACUGCAGGAGAUGUGAGCGAACGAAAGGCGUUACGCGAGCGGCUGAAAUGCAAAAGUUUCCGAUGGUAUCUGGAGAACAUCUAUCCGGAAAGUCAAAUGCCAUUGGACUACUAUUUCCUCGGAGAGAUUCGAAAUGCUGAAUCUCAAAACUGUUUGGAUACAAUGGGUCACAAAUCGGGCGAGAGAGUUGGCAGCAGUUACUGUCACGGUUUGGGUGGCAAUCAAGUAUUUGCGUAUACGAAACGCCAUCAAAUCAUGUCAGACGAUAACUGCCUGGAUGCGGCUAAUUCCCGUGGUCCGGUGAAUUUAGUUCGAUGCCACGGUAUGAUGGGAAAUCAGGAAUGGAAGUAUGAUUCGGAGGACAAGACGAUAAAGCAUGUCAAUUCUGGAAAUUGCUUGACCAGACCAACGCGAGAAGACCCGAAUACACCGUUGUUGAAACCGUGCGAUUACUCGGAGGGUCAACAAUGGUUGAUGCAGUCACAAUUCAAAUGGCAAGCUAGUCGUUAAGCGAUUGCCAUUUUAUAAAAUAAUCUUUUAUCAAAAAAAAACGAACAAAUUCGUUCGGACACUACAAUCGUAGACACUGAUUGAACAAUUGUACUGAAAUCAACACACCAGACACCGAAUGGAAGAGACAAGAAUCGUUGGUAUAAUUAAUUUUUAAGGUAAACACAAAAACGAAAUUUUGAAAAUAUCGAACAAAUCUGAAGUAUCACUCGAUGAUGUUGUUGUAUUUCAUCUUUUCGAGCAGUUUUAGUCCGAACAAAUUUUAUUUUUAAUUUAUUUCUUUCUAAUCCUAUUAAACAAGAUGUGUAUACGUUGACAAAGAUGUCAUUGUACACCAUAAUCAAUGUCUUAUUUGAUUUUUCAGUAUAAUGUUGUUUUAGCUACGGCUCAAGUUUACUUUUUGACGGCACAUAUUCAAAUACUCGAUGGUCGUAUUAUGAAAUCUUCUCUCAUCCUUAAAACAUCACAGUUUCCGUUGUGGAAGGAGUUUGGUGUGCAACAAUUAAUUUUACGGGAAGUGGGUUUCACAAAUUUUGCGGGUACAUCAUUGUAAUAGAGAGGAGGGUGAAACUGUUAGCUUUCGGAAUUGUUAGGACGAAAUACGAAAAAUUCUCGAUGCAAUUCAAGAAGCCUUAACCUUAAAGGUUAAGCAUAUCAGCAGUUUUUACUAAACAGAUCUAUUACUUCAUUUGACCUGAAUAUUUUCAAUAGAUUGCUUUCAAAUCUUUUACUUCAUAUGUUUUGAACAUGCUUCUUGCUAUGUAACCGCACGUUGUCGUUUAUCCCUACCGACGUAAUUGUUAACAGAUUAUAGUCCGAAAGAUGUUAAAUCUUCCGAGACUGGCACAACCUUGUGCGGAAAUUAUUUCAGUGAAUUUGGUAACAGUUUUUCGAGAAAACUGAUCUACUAAAUAUCGGACAGUUUACGCAAGUUCCAUACCCCUGUUACACGAAAGACUCGCUCGAUUAAAAUGUACAGAAAUCGACUAUUUUGACCCUCUCGCUUCCAUAAUAAAGUUUGUGGGAAUGAGAGAUCAAUUUUAACAUUUAAUUGCGGAGUAGCGACCUAAACCAACUUCCAAAAUUAAGGAAUGGCGAAGUUCAGAAAAAAAAUCUUGCUUCUUGGCCAUGGGAAGUUCUGUUCUUGGUUCGGAAAACCAAAGACGGUGCCAUUGGAUAACUAAAAAAUUUGGAAAAGGUAAAGCGAGCGAAUUGACAUAAUGUGCCGCACAAGAAGAGACGAAAAAUUGUCGAAAAAUGUUUUUUUUUUUAAAUCGAUAAAUCUCGGAAACCUGUUAUCCACGAAAUUUUUGCAUGUUCGAACUGAUUCACCGCUCCUUCACCAUAAGCACACAAUCCUUAAAUUUAUGUAUUUGAAUAUGUGGUUGUCACAACCGUUGUUUUUUUAAAAGGCUUGACCUAUGUCGAGCUUUAGUUUUAUUUGCAUUUAGUAAUUUAUUUACAACAGAAGAGAACAUUCACUCAAUUCAAUUAUCGAAGACGGGAAGCGUGUAUUAUACAUUCGCAUUAUAGCAUAUUAUAGAUGAAUAGCACAAGAAAUAUUAGAAUUAGCCGCUGAAUAAAUGGAUAAAAAAGUAUUUUGAUCAAAUCAAAGUGAAAUAAUGAUUAGCGAGAGGAGGCGAAACAGAACAAUUUUUUUAAGAAAUAUAUUUGUUAGUCAAAAUAUUAUAUACGAAUAAAUACGUGAGAUAAGCAUAUCAACAUUUUGGUAUAGUGAGUAAAAAUGUUUUUCGUUUUUUUUUAUAAAUUAAUUUUGGUUUUGAUAGAGACACACGAUCACAGUCAGUUUAAGGAUCAACAUAUGUCGUGUCGUUGUUUUGUGUUUUUCUACGUACCAAAAUGGAAAACAUUUGUGAACAAAUUAAGGGAAAAUAUUUAAGGAAAUAAUAAAAAAAUAUCAAAAUGGCACAUAGCAAUAUCAUUCUUAUAAAGAACAAAAACAAAAAGGAAAAAAAUUUUGUUGAAAAUUUGAAGUUAAUAUUUUUGUGUUGUAAUUAAAACGGAUUUUCAUUUUAUUAUCACAAUUACGGCUGUUACAAUCUUUUCGACGCAGAACGUUAUUCUAAACAAAAAUUUGUUCAACGGUAUCUCUUAAAAAUGCGUAGAUGUUUUCAUAACAUUAUUUUGUCAAUAAUAACACCGCACCGCAUGAGCCGUUUAUACCCGUGAUAAGAAGACAUUUUUUUAGCUUGUCCAGAAUUAUUUGUUGGACCAAUUUUUUCAAUAAAAUGUCUUAAAACAAUGCAUAAUCGAUAAAAAAUCGAAUCAUUUUUGAGGCGUACCGUAAAACAAUUCUUUGCGUCGCUUAAAAGUAAGUUGUCUGGAUGCUCUAACCUAAUUAAGAGCCAUGCAAUGUAGUCUACAGUUGUGUGUUAAGAGUAAUGGAUGCGUUGUUGAAAAGCCUACAUUAAGGCGGUUUUCAAUUACUAUAUUUUUGCUACUUAAGUAUUUCAAACUAACACAUUUGUGGUGGUUAUUGUCCUUUUUCUAUCUUUAAAAAAGGAUUUUUGUAAAAAGGCAUCAGCGAAAAUACAACACGAAACGCCUAAAUAUAUCCUCUAAUUUCAGCCUCUUAAGAGCCAUCGGUACUUUGCUGAAAAGCAUACUAGGGUGAUUUUUAAGUACAGGAUUUUAAAUUCCUUUUGAUGAUGUCUUGCCAUCAGAAUCCUUUUCGAAAAAUGUACGACCGCAAUUCCGACCACGAAUGUGGUAGCUUUCAACAGCAAAUAUAUUUGGUUGUAGCAGUUUCACCGGCUCUGAGAAACGUGAACAGCUCAUAAAAAUUUCGCUAAACUGGUCACUUUUCUCAGAGCUUGUCAAAUACAACCAAACAACUACAACCAAAUAUAUUUUCUGUUGAGCGCUAACACAUUCGUGGUCGGAAUUGCGGUCGUACAUUUCUGAAAAAGGAUUGAUGGAAUGAUAUCAUCAAAAAUGAAAUAUGAGGCACACAAAUGUAGGCUACAAUUUUAGCUAAGUAUCGGUGCCUCUUAAAGUAAUUUGAUUUCGAUGGCUUCUCCGUACAAAUAUCACUUUUUGAGCAACGUAUAACGGCAGGUCCUUCCUCAAAUUGUGUUUUGUUUUCAAUGAAGAAAUGUUUCUGGCAAAUUAAUCCACUGGCGAGAUGCAAUGCCAUGUGAAUGUAAAACUUUUUAUGCUGUUCUUAGCAAGGGGUUUAAGAUACCACGGUCAUAUUUUAUAGAAGGGCCUAUUUUUGUGAAUGUCAUUCUUUCAAUCCAUGGAAUCAAAGGAAUUCUUUUUUUUUUCAUCCUUAAGAUUCUAAAAUUUUCGAAUUUACAAAUUAAGGAAUUUUUAUGAAUUUUAUGGAAAUUUAAUAAAUAAAUUCCUAAAAAUAGGACCGACGUCAGGACAGAGAAGUGUGGCAUAUUUUCUACAAAUCAAAGAAGUUUAAACAAAAAUUUACAAUUUUUAGAAUUUAAAUAAAUUUAUAGAAAUUGCCUCGGAAAUUGUCUAGACUUGCAAUUAUUUUAACGCUAAAAUGUAGGCUACAUUUCCGAAUGCUACCGAUUGCUCUUAACGUUUGCAAUUGUAACGAUGAAUUGUGGAGGCGAAACUGUACAUUUUUUUUUAAAUCGAUAAUAUGUUCGAGUAUAUUUUGGAAUAGACUUGAUUCCUUCCUAUAUGAACAAAAAUAAUAAUUUUUAGUGUAAAUAUUAAACGUAAUUUUGGAUAAGAAAUUUGAUAUUCGUAUUUAAGGUAACGUAAAUGGAAGAGAAGUGAAAAUGAUAGUAAACUCAAUUGUAAAAAGAAAAUCACAGACACAAUUAUGAAGAAUUUUUGUUUAUAAUUUAAAAAAAACUUUUUUUGUUUUUCAAAGUCGAAAUAUUUAUUUAAAGAAUGCAGAAAAUGGAGGC